AUGGUGCACUCAACAGAGAUCCACUCCUGGCCCGUCUUCACCGGCUGGCCGGGAUUUGGAUUGCUGGGUUACUACGGAAGGCGGAAUGGACCCUAUCACUUUAUGAACAUCAGGCCAGCCACCGCAAAGACAACUCGUCAGGCUAGCUCGACGACUACAACCACACUUCCUACCACAACCACAACUGCGGCACCGAUUACAUCUACCGCAACAAAAGCGAAAAGCCUUGAUGAUUCUACGGCCUUUAGUCCGAGCACAGUAGCUGCAAAAGCUGUCGCAACGACUGCGCCAACAGUCGCGGAGAAGAAAAGUGAGCCGUUGUGGAAAGGGCUUGUUGUGUGGAGGAUCAUUUUCACCUGGUCUUUUUUAAGUAUUAGUUGGAAAGUAGAGUAAAACCCGCGUACGAUAAGCACCAAGGGACACCAAAUUUCUUUGUAUAUAUAAUAGCUUUGCUAUGCAGAAUUAUUUAGGCUUGGAAUUGAUUUUUAAUCCCGAUUCUUGAUAAUUGUUCGCUAUAAGGAGGUUUUUUGUACACAUUUUUUUUAUUUAUACAAAGGUUCUCUGCAAUAGCGAUUCGUUCUAUCGAGACUUGACUGUAAAAUUACUAGCAUGAAUGUCGGUAGACGUACAGUCAAACCUCUGUACAAAGAAUUGAAAAUUUCCAAAAAAUGUGUACGUGUUAUAGAAGGGUUUCUUGUUUGAAGAUGCAUUUGACCUAAAAUUGAUCCGUGGGACCUCUAAAAGUUUUUUCUUACGCUUUUCAGGCACGACCAAGAUAUUGAACGAGUUUUGCGGCCGAGAGAAUACGUGGAAUGCUGAGAGCGGUCAGAGAAAAAAACUUUUUGGCGAAAUCUUUGCCAGUUUGGCGCAAACAAGAUUAAUUUUUUGUGGAAACCUUUUCGCUUUUAGCAAUGAAAUUUUUUAUGCCAAAAUUCUCAAAAAAGUGUCAAGUUUUUACCAAAUUUUGGUCUAAAAGUCUCUGUCGUUUCCGCAAAACGCGACCUAGGAGUGUCCCAUAUGUCGAAAAACCAGCCUAAAUUUGCGCCAAGUUUCAUCCAAAUUUGAGCGUCACACUUGAUGUACUUACCUUGUAAAUUUCAGCAUCCACUUUCGUCUCAACUACAGCUCAACCCUCUCCUUUGACUCGCCCGCCAGUGAAACUGUUCCUGGACAAGGCUGAAACAAAGAAACCGACUGCAACAAUCGUGCCUGUUGGAGCCUCCAAAGACGUUACAACGUCCAAAAAAGAAACUCCUAAAAAGUAA